CGCGAAUGUGGUAGAGCUCGUUCCAUAUCAUCUUCAUUUGCAAAAAAUCUAAGCUCAGCAGCCGCCUCCGCCGCCGCCUGAUUGGCUCGCCGCCUCUUCACCACUCAAGAAACAGCACAACUUAGCUAUGGAUAAUAAUGACAUAAGUGAAAAGCUGCUUAACUCUCAACUAGUGAAGAAAAGCGAAGAUCUGAAAGGCAAGGUAUACGACGAAUCCAAGAAGAUAUGGAGAGUUGCCUUCCCCGGCAUACUGUCGCGAGUGGCCUCAUUUGGAAGCAUUGUUGUGACUCAGUCAUUCAUUGGGCACAUUGGCGAGCUCGACCUUGCUGGCUAUGCACUUGUUCAAACUCUCUUAGUCCGCUUUGUGAAUGGAGUAUUGAUAGGAAUGUCGAGCGCAACAGAAACUCUGUGUGGGCAAGCAUAUGGAGCCGGGCAGUAUUACAUGAUGGGCAUUUACUUGCAAAGAUCAAUUGUUGUUGAGUUGGUCACAAUGACCAUUUUGCUUCCCUUUUUCCUGUUUGGCACCCAACUCUUCAGACUCCUGGGAGAGCAGGAAGCGAUAGCGAGCUCAGCUGGGAAUAUCGCCCUCUGGUUCAUUCCAUUCGACUACAGCUUUGUGUUCUCGAUGAGCAUCCAAAUGUAUCUUCAAGCACAGCAAAAGAACACAAUUGUUGCAUGGCUAGCCACUGCCCAGUUUAUCAUCCAUGUCCCGUUGUCUUGGCUUUUAGUCUCCAAGCUUAAGCUUGGGGUUCCUGGGGCAAUGACAGCCCUCACCAUAUCUUCCUGGUUUACUGUGAUUGGAGAGUUUGUGUUCAUUCUUGGAGGCUGGUGCCCUGACACGUGGCGAGGAUUUACAACGGCUGCUUUCAAAGAUAUAUUGCCUGUCAUCAAGCUCUCCAUAGCAUCCGGGCUUAUGCUUUGUUUGGAGCUUUGGUACAACGCUGUAUUGGUCUUGCUCGCUGGAUACAUGAAGAACGCAGAGGUGGCCAUAUCUGCAUUCUCCAUCUGUCUAAACGUAAACUCAUGGAUAUUCAUGAUCACCCUUGGAUUGGUCGGCGCUGCUUGUGUAAGGGUAGCAAAUGAACUUGGCAGGGGAGAUGCCAAAGCUGCAAAGUUCUCCAUUAAAGUCCUUGUAGCAACUUCAGUUGUCAUUGGCUUAUUCUUCAUGAUAAUAAGCUUGGCUUUCAAAAAAAACAUUGGGUCCUUGUUUAGUAAUGAAAAGGAGGUUGUUGACGCCGUUUCAGACCUCUCUUUCCUUAGCGCUGUCUCUAUAUUGCUCAAUAGCUUCUAUGCAGUUCUCUCAGGUGUGGCAAUCGGAGCUGGCUUACAAAGCACGGUCGCGGUUAUAAACUUGUGUUGCUUUUAUGUUAUUGGAGUGCCCAUUGGUGCUUUGCUUGGCUAUGUAGCUCAUUUUGAAGUGAAGGGCAUAUGGGUGGGAAUGAUAUGCGGGGUGGUGAGCUUGUCGCUUGCCUUGUUUUAUAUGACAUGGAGAACAAAUUGGGAUAACGAGGUGGCUAAGGCGAAACAACGCCUCCAGAAGUUCUACUUGAACUGUGAAGCAGAACCAAACGAAACUCCUCUGCUGGCUUGAGCUUCAACACUUAAAUAAGCGGUGUUUAAGUGCUAAUGUGACCUAAUUUCUUUUGAUUUGUUGUCAUUUUCCCUGGUGGGGGGGGGGGGGGGGGGUAACGAAUAAACCCUAGGUUAGGAUUUCGUGUAGUUUCGAAAACUCCCUUUAAUUUUGCCCAACUUGAUCAUCAUUCCAUGGAAAUAAGCUGUUUGGAAGAAGGAUGAAAAAGAUUGUCUUAAUAAGUCCCAUUCAUGAACCUAAAUUGUUUUAAAUGGAGCAAGUAUGUUUUGAGAAUUAUUUUAUGCAUGUUAACACCAAGUUUUAUAUAGG